ACAACGUGGUGGGCGGGGCUCGAAUUCAACGUCAUGACGCAUGUGAGUCGGGAGCGGGACGUCGCCUCCCCUCUCGUGCCAAUGCAGGAAAAGAAUUCCACGUGUGUGCUGCUUGUGGAGGCCUUUUAUGGCGGCUCUCACAAACAGCUCAUUGACCUUUUGAAAGAGAAUGUCGUCGGCUGCGUCGCCCACACUCUGCCCGCAAAGAAAUGGCACUGGCGGGCCAGGACCGCUGCCCUCCAUUUCAUGCACGCCAUCCCACCCAGUUCCUCAUACAGGAGUAGAUGGCAUGGCCCUUGGAUUUUCGAGGGGUGCUGUUCACCAGCUCUGUCCUCAAUCUGUGUGAGCUGGUGGCUCUGCGGCCGGACCUGGCACCCCUCAAGAAGGUUCUCUACUUCCACGAGAACCAGCUGGUCUAUCCCGUGCGCAAAGACCAAGAGAGGGACUUCCAGUAUGGCUACAACCAGAUCCUCUCCUGCCUGGUGGCAGAUGCGGUGGUGUUCAACUCCCUCUUCAACAUGAACUCCUUCCUCUCGUCCGUCGGGGCCUUCUUGAAGCGGAUGCCCGACCACCGGCCAAAGGACUUGGCGUCGCUCCUCCGGCCCAAGUGCUCGGUGCUCCACUUCCCCCUUCGGCUCCCCAGUGUCGCCAGUCUUCUCCCAGAACACAAGCUCCUCCGCGGGCCUGCGGCGGCGGCGGCGGCGGCGUCCCCCGAUGAUGACAUCACCGUCCCUCCGGGCCAGAUGCCUGAGCCCCGCUUAGAGGAUCCUGAGGCGCCAAGAUCUGAGGAGCUGGGCUCGCAGAGCAACAACGAGGCUCGGGGAACCCCUCCAGAGACCAGAAAUGUGGCUGUCCUGUCCGGGCCCGGGCACAGCUCCUCGCUGGGACAGGGUGAGGCACCGGGGCACUGUGGCACCUCCAUCCGGGACGUCCCGGCGGGGGAAGGGGAGCAGGCCGCAUCGAUGGGAGGAUGUGGACCCGGUGACCAGACCAAACCGUUGCAUAUUGUCUGGCCCCACAGGUGGGAGCACGACAAAGACCCCGAGCUCUUCUUCAAGACCUUGCUGAAGCUCAAAGAGAGAAACCUGGCCUUUCAACUCUCCGUCCUGGGGGAGACCUUCACUGAUGUGCCAGAGAUCUUUGCUGAGGCCCGGGGCCAGCUGGAGCCCCAUGUGCUGCACUGGGGCUUCCUGCCCAGGAAAGAGGACUACCUGGCCGCCCUGUGCCAGGCCGACGUGGUGGUCUCCACCGCCAAGCACGAGUUCUUCGGCGUGGCCAUGUUAGAAGCAGUCCACUGUGGCUGCUAUCCAUUAUGUCCUAACGCGUUGGUGUAUCCAGAGAUAUUUCCAGCCGAGUAUCUGUACUCCACACCUGAGCAGCUGUGCAAGAAGCUACAGAGACUGUGCAAGAGACCAGACCUGGCCCGCCGUCACCACGUCCAGGUGGACACCGCAGCCUACUCCUGGGACGUGCUACAGCAAGGUUUUGCCGACCUACUUGCGCCACCAGCGGACCCCCAACCCUGACCAAGGCUGGAGAGGGAAGAGGUGGGCUCGGGUGGGUUUGGGGGAGAUGUGAAGUUUUUUAAAGAAGCAGAAGACGAAUAAGAACAAGAAAGAGCCGGCAGGUUUCUCUCAUUUUUUCUUUUCUUUUCCUUUUCCUCCUUUAUUUUUUUUCUACCCGGGACUCCAUUAGUGGCGAGGGCGAGCUGGAUUUAGAGGCUUGGCGAUGGGACGCGCAGUCUGCGAGGGCACUUUGUGGCGCUGGGGUUCCACGGCGUCAUGGCCUGACACGCAGCCACGGGCCGCGGCCGGCCCCCGCCGCCGCAAACCUGUGGCGGAGCCGUCGCAGACACACUGUCUCAGGCACCUCUCCCUGCUCCAAAUCAAAGCCAGCCCCCCUCACACACACUCGGCGGCGGCUGGAGACAUUGUGUCGGGACCUGUAGACGCACCCCACCACCGCCGCCCCCCCCCCCCUACCCUCCUCAUCUUCACGUGCUCUCUUUUGGGGAGAGUCUCUUUUAUGUCUGUGUGGUUUUUGGGGGAGGUUGAGGGCGGGCGAGUGGGGGACAGAGGACGUGUAAAAAGCUUUCAUGUCUUCCAUAGGCUGUGCCACUUCAUAUAUCCGGUUGUGUUCGUUUUUCACCCUUUGUACUGGUGGAAGACGUCAGGCUGGGGUCCGUGUGUGUGGUGUGUGUUUUGUGUGUGGUGUGUGUUUUGUGUGUGUGUGUGUGUGUGUGUGUGUGUGUGUGUGUGUGUGUGUGUGUUUGGAGAGACUGUAAGCGUCGGCAUUGUGUGUGUAUAUGUGGAGAGUAAAUGUGUGUGUGUGUGUGUGUGUGUUUAGUGUGUGUGUGUGUGUGUGUGUGUGUGUGUGUGUGUGUGUGUGUGUGUCUAUGGAGAGACUGGUAGCGUCCGUAUUGUGCGUGUGUGGGUGUGUGUUUGUGUGUGUAUAUGUGGAGAGAGUAAGUGUGUGUAUAGAUUGUGUGUGAGUGUGUGUGUGUCUUUUUUCCCCCCUUCUUACCACACGGACAGAGUGGCAGCCAAGUUGUGGCCUGACAUGCUAUUCCAUGCCUCUCCACCUGGGUUGCCAGGUCUGAGCCCGGAACAUUCUGGAAGGGCGCCCGUGAGCAGACCUUAAGACCGUCUAGGGAUCAGCUAAUGAGCGGUUGUUUGAAGUCCCGAAGUUUUGAAGAACUCAUUUUUCUGAAUUUUAUCAUUUUUAUACAUUUCCUCUAUGUAUACCAUCUGGAUGGUAACUGGGCUUUUUUCUCCCCCCUUCAUGUGAUGAAAAAAUAAACAUUCUAAGCAGA